AUGUUUAUAUUCCCUCCACCUGCUCCAAAACCGAAAUCGAAAACACCUGAACUUGUUCGACUUCAACCAGGCCACAAUUCGGAUGAAAAUAACGCUGGAGAGGUGGAAGUGUUCGACGACGUCGAUCCUUACGACUUUGACUCGGUGAAAUCAUUCACCUUUCAACGCAACCACGUCUACAGCCUGGCUGAGGACGAAGAUCCUACGAACGGAGUAUUAAAUCGCCAAGCUCGGUUGAGUACUUUUAAUCCAGAAGAAGGACACUCUUGGGAGACUAUUCCUGAAUAA